AUGGACAAACCAAGAUGCACAGCCGACUGUGUCCGUGACAAGGCCACAGCCACCGAACCACCGAGCUGCAUACUGUGUGGUACCCAGGGUCAUCCUGCGAAUUAUCGCGGUUGUCCCCGGGCCCCACGCACUCAGCCGCGUGCCCCCAUCCCCUCUGCCCCCAGGCAGAUCAAUGCUACUCGCAACUUUGCGGUAGCAAGUGAGGCUCCUAGCCUCCGUCCCAAUAGGCCCAAUGCUUGGGCUAGGCCUCUGGCCUACACCCAGGCAGCCAGCCUUACUCCCGCACCCGCCCAAACAGCUGUGGCCCCACCCGCGCUCCAGCAGGCUCCUCAACCCCACCCAGCCCCUAAGGCUACGCCAAAGGCACCUACCCAUCAGGCGCCUAACCCUAGUCCCCCUGCCCCUAAGGCACCGGCCCACAAAGUCCCGGCCCCUCAGGCCAAGCCCCAGCCUACACAUUCACCUGCGGCUGACAUUAAAUUGGUCAGAGACUUCUUUGGCCAAAUUAAUGUUGGCGAGAUGUUUGUGAUCGCCGCAAAACUGCGCGCGACUAAUGGCGAAGGCAACAUCAUGGAUAGGUUAUCUAUCCUCGCCGAACACGUAGACUUUUGCUACGCUAUCUCUUCUUUCCACGCUCCGUAAUGGCUAACCCCACCGCUAGGAUCAAACCCCGGUCAAUCAC